UCCAGUCCGUAUAGGGAGGUGUAUUUUUAUAUCCCAUUGAUUUACGUGGAUCUGCCGUAUUCAAACGUUCCAGCAUGCGUUCGUAACUAUGUUGACAUUUUGGUCCAAAGGUGGCUCAGACGAAGCGGCUCUCAGUGAUGCCUCAGCGUCGCGUUACGCGAGACAACGCGAGCAAACGGACCGCAAAGUUUCCCUGUUGUACAGUAGAUGAGAGUAUCUGUGUUAAGUGUGGACUUUAGAAGUCGCUUGUCAGAGACUGCUCAGUAUAUCGGGACGUUUCAGUCUGUGUAGUCUGCCUGUCCACUUCACUCUUUCCACGGUGUCUUGAGUUUACGGUUGUUUUUUGGGGAAUAUUAGUGCCGUUUGGAUUGAGUCAGUCGCACGCAGAGUUUUCAUCCUGUCCCUGGAAAGAUUUUUGUGGACUUACCUUGUGAACAGGGAAACGGGAGAGUUUACAAAACGGGUGCGGUUGAGGUGAUUCCUAAACCGUUUUGAGUUAAUCUCUCCUGGGAUCCCUCUCUCUACAUGUGCCCAAAGCAGUGCAGAUAUUUCAGUGGGCCACUGUGCUGACGGACUUGGUAUCAUUACUAAGCAAUAGAACUCCUGCCUUGGUUUGUUCCAUAGUCUCUGAUGGAUCUCAGGCUUGUCUCAUUGACGCUGGGUACACUACUGAUUCUUGUGACCUCUGGGCCACGACCAUCUAUUGGGCAGAAGGUUUACACCAAUACAUGGGCUGUCCACAUCAUAGGCGGGGAGCAGGAAGCUAACCGGAUUGCCAGGAAGCAUGGCUUUGUAAACCACGGGAAUAUAUUUGGAGAUUACUAUAAUUUCCGGCACCAUGCGGUGAUGAAGAGGUCUUUAUCAGAGCACAGAGAAACAAAUGAUCUUCUGCACACAGAACCCCAGGUAAUGUGGGCUGAACAGCAGGUGGUGAAACAAAGGAAGAAGAGGGAUAUUUACAAUGAGCUAGCCGAUCCAAAGUUUGCACAGCAGUGGUAUUUGUACAAUGAAGAGCAUCGUGACCUCAAUGUGAAAGAAGCGUGGAAGUUGGGCGUGAGUGGACAAGGUGUCGUUGUGUCCAUAUUGGAUGAUGGGAUUGAAAAAAACCACCCAGACCUAAUUCAGAACUAUGAUCCAGAUGCUAGCUAUGACGUAAAUGAUGGUGAUCCAGACCCUCAACCACGAUACACCCAACUCAAUGAUAACAGACACGGGACACGCUGUGCUGGAGAGGUUGCUGCUGUUGCCAACAAUGGCAUCUGUGGUGUCGGGGUUGCCUACAAUGCCAAGAUCGGAGGUGUGCGCAUGUUGGAUGGAGAAGUCACUGAUGUGGUGGAAGCUCAGUCUCUCAGUCUCAACCCACAGCAUAUCGAUGUCUACAGCGCCAGCUGGGGACCUGAAGACGAUGGCAAAACGGUGGAUGGACCUGCAAAGUUGGCCAAAGAGGCUUUCCAACAUGGUGUGACAGAGGGCCGUGGAGGACGGGGCUCCAUCUUCGUGUGGGCUUCAGGGAAUGGCGGACGAGAGAAGGACAGCUGUAACUGCGACGGCUACACCAACAGCAUCUACACGCUGUCAAUCAGCAGCAGUACGCAAAGCGGCAAUGUGCCCUGGUACAGCGAGGCCUGUUCCUCCACCCUCGCCACAACCUACAGCAGUGGAGGCCUCAAUGAGAAACAGAUUAUCACUACAGACCUCAGGCAAAAGUGCACAGACUCCCACACAGGCACCUCUGCCUCAGCUCCUCUGGCAGCAGGAAUUAUCGCCUUGGCCCUGGAGGCAAAUAAAAACCUUACCUGGAGAGACAUGCAGCAUCUGGUCGUGAGGACGUCCAACCCUGCCCACCUCACCACCAAUGACUGGAAGACAAAUGGAGUGGGUCGCAGAGUAAGCCAUUCGUAUGGAUAUGGUCUGUUGGACGCUGGGGCCAUUGUGGCUCUGGCAAAGAACUGGACAAACGUCGGACCUCAGCAGAAGUGUGUCCUCUCCCUGGUGUCUGAGCCGAGGAAUAUAGGAAGUAAUUUGGUGAUUGCCAAGAAUGUGGAUGCGUGUGCCGGGACACUUGACUUUGUGAGCUCAUUAGAGCAUGCCCAAGCCCAGCUCACCCUGUCCUACAACCGCAGAGGAAAUCUGGCCAUCUAUUUGAUCAGCCCACAGGGCACCCGUUCCACGUUGCUUGCACCCAGACCUCACGAUUACUCCUCUGAGGGGUUUAAUGACUGGGGAUUCAUGACCACCCACUCCUGGGAUGAGGACCCUCGUGGAGAAUGGACCCUGGAGAUCGAGAAUGUGGCUGGAACCAGCGACUAUGGCACUCUGACUCAGUUCACGUUGGUUCUCUAUGGCACAGCCUCCAGUUUAUCUGGACCCUCCACCCCAGACUCCAGCCAGACCGCUGACAGCAGCUGCAAAACCUACGACCUCAAUCAGAUAUGUACGGAGUGUAACCCAGGGUUCUACUUGUACCAGAAGGGCUGCGUGCGAGACUGUCCAGCCGGUUUCACCCCAGGCACUCGUUCCACCUUCCCUCCCAACAACGAGGUGUUUUCUGUCCCACACCCCGCCUGCCUGCCCUGCAACGCUAUGUGCCUCACCUGCAGAGCUACGGGACCUCAGGACUGCCUCUCCUGCCCCCCUCACAGCCAUCUGGACUCUGUCACCGGCACCUGUCUGCACCAGAACCAGAUCCAGCGAGAGUCUCCAGACGGAUUGUUUCAGUCGCAAGGUGUCGGAUCGUCCAGGAACCUCCACCGAGACCUCUCCUCUCACCUGCCAGUUACCGUGGCAGUACUCAGCUGUGCCUUCAUCAUGGCUACGUUCGUGGGUGUGUUUGGCUUGCUGCAGCUACGUACCCGCAACCAGAACAAACUGCAAUCUGCGGAGGCGGGGCCAGGCUCCGGCUUACUGGUGGGGUUUGGCUUAAACCGCACUGCAGUCGCCUACAAGGGCAUCCCCAGCGUUUGGCGGGAGGACGAGGCCAAUUCGGAGUCAGAGAACGAGGAGUUUGAUAUCCACAACGAGAGGACUGCCUUCAUUAAAACACAAAGUGCUCUUUAACCCCUUGUCGCCCAUGUCCUUCCCUUUCUAGUCUCUUCUGCACUGUUGUCUAUUUUCGUGGCCACUGGUGUGUUUUCCUUACGGGGUUCAUCUGAACAUCUCACUUUCUCAGUUCCCUCCGUUUUUAUCUUGAGGGUUUUCUGUUUUUUUCAUCUCUUUCAGUUAUGAACCAUGGGUGUUUGACCUCUUGGUGCCUCUACGUGGAAAGCUUCUUAUCAUAAGUGAUGAGGUUGUGUCGAUUGUCGCAGUUUAUAAGCAGGGCUGUUCUGAAACUACAAUAAACACCUGAUUAUUGUUUAUUCUAUUCCUCUUUUGUGUUAGUUUCUCCCCGAAUGCCUAGUUUUUAAGAAACAAGGAGUGAAAAGUUUGCAUGUGAGAAACACAGCUUUUCUUAGAUUGAGUGAAACAACAUUUAUAUAAAGUCAGUCCAUUUGGCAGCAAUUUAACAUGCGGUUGGAUUCACUUGCUUUGCAGGGAGCCUUUUAGAAGAACAUAUCACUAUUUUUACAUGUUUAGGAUCUGGAGAGGAGGCCAUUUUUUUAUACAUGCACUCAUUUUUAGCGCUCCCUUCUUCCUCUAGAGCAUCUACAUUGCUGAAUUUGUGCUGUUUUGUCAUUCUGCUGACAGUUCAAGGAAUAGUUAAACCCAAAAUUAAAAUUGUCAUGUGCUCACCCUCAUGUCGUUCCACACCCUUAUGAUUUUCUUUCAUCUAUAGAACACAAAAGAUCAUAUAUUGCAGAAUGUUCACUGUGCUCUUUUGCAUAAUGGGUAUGGUGUCUGUCUAGCUCCAAGUGAUUAAAAUACACCAUAAAAGAAUCAGAAUAGUCCAUACCACUCAUACACUUCUGAAGCCACUUGCUAGUGUUGUGUGAGGAACAGAAUUAAAUUGAAAUAGUUAUGCACUCUCCUCCUCAAACUUGGCUCUCAAAUCUCCUUCAAUUCCAGUGUGACGCAUAAAGACACGCCACGGCAGGUUUGUCAUCAGUGGAGAUGCCAAAACCAAUGUCGUUUGACAGCUUGUUGACAAAUACGUCAUAUUUGAAUAGAACAUAAGCAUUAAUGAGAUUUGUGCAUGACCGAGGGAUUUUCAGGGAAGAACAAUAUCAGUACAUUCUUAACACAAAGAAUAUUGGAAUAUAUGAAACACCUGGAAUAUAUGUAGCGCACAAGACUUUUAUGGUAUGUUUACCCUAGUAAAACAGUAAGCAAAAGCAUGCACGUCAUGUGCCGAAAUUGCCCAGUGUAGGUGCUCUAUCAAAAUGGGGAAAACAGCUUCAAAAGAAAAAGUUGGCUCACUCAAAUCGUGGUCUGAUGAAAAGUUGGUUGGCUCAAAACAUCACUAAGGUGACAAUAUAUUAAAUGUCUAUUUUUGGACCUGUGGUGAAACAUUUGAAGACAUUUAGCCAUAGCAGCCUAUUUAAAUUUUUUUAAAGUAUCCACCUUUUCCUUGAACGUGGACGUGUUCCACAAUUCGCCUGUUUUCAUUUUCCAGUUUCCAGUGUUUUCACCUGCAUCUGCGUAUAUUCUUAGUUCUUAAUCGGUCAAGUAUAAAAUUUUUAGAAAUUGUCAAAAAAAUACGUGCCUCUAUAGUGCCCAUUCUUUAGAGUCGGGAUGUUUCGGGGUUUUUUUUUACACUGCCUCAGCAGAUUAUGUAGACGACAUGAAGCGAUGGUCCGAGGUUAGUUACAUUGAUAUCAUUAACUACUUUGACAGCCAACAACUGCACAAGUUGAGCUUGAAAUUCACUUUUACUCCAAAUAACACUUAAAUGGUUUGUGUUCUCUGUGUGGAUUGCUCGUUUUGGUUAGUUUUACAUUGUGUCUUGAGACCAGAAACAGAAAACAGGCAAUUAGAAUCAUCGUGAUGCCGUCCAGUGGUUACUCAGGAAAAUGGUGUUCAACAAUAGAGGGUCAUAUGGGUUUGGUAUGACAUGAUGGCUGAACUAGUCCCUUAAAAUUGCAGUAACCUUGAGCUCUCUCUUAGACAUUAUAUAGGGGAGAUAUGAUGCUAUGAUCUCUGCCAGCCUCUCCGAGCCAGCUCAGCAACAUUGAACUCUUUUGUAAUUCUGUUCUCCAAUCGUGGAUUUAAAACACUACACAAGAUCUCUGCCAAUGGCCCUUCGUAAAAAGGACAUGGCUUCCUUUUUCAUGUUUGUAGUGAUUAUCCAUUUAGUAAAUACAGUGAUCUUGGAGGUUUUCUUCUGCACAGUAUGGGUGUCUUUUAUAAAGGAAAGUAAUCAGAGAAAGGCUUAAAUGACCUCUCUCCAAGAGCAGCUAUUGGAUAAAAGUGAAUUUAUAAAAGGGUUGACUCUUUUUCAGUUUUGACUGCUAAACAGUCAUUCCAUCAGGUCAUUUUGUUUUUACUACGGUUUAUAAUUAAUAGUACGCUUGGCCCUGUCAGCUCAUCAGCGACCUGAAUAUAGUACUGUUAUUUUUCUAUUCUGAAUCGCAUAUUCAUGAUCUACAUAUUGCUCUCAUGCAGUAACUUUAAUAAGUGACAAUUGAAAAAGAUGUGAUACAUUGAAUGUUUGCAAUGGAGACCCAAAGUGUGAUGUGAAGUUUGCAUUAUUAGGUGGUCAGCCUUUCCAAAAAUAAAACUUCUCAUAGCUGCACACAACAAGAGACAAAACGGUGGCCAGUCAUAAAACACUCACUUACUACUAAUAUUUGCAGCCUUGUAAAACUUUAGCACACUGUCAUUCAUGUAGGGUAACCAAGUUGAAGCAUCUGCACAGCUCAUUUACUUUAUUUCAAGAUGCGCUCUUCAUCAAUGCCCUUUUGCAGUGCAAGGGCUGUAGACAAACAGAACAAAUUUAUUUACAUCACCCUGGAGUUUAAGGGACAUUAAAAAUUUGAGACUUCAGUAAAAUGUUUUGUGGGUCUGGUACUCCUUGUUCCUAAAUCAUAGUUAAAGACAGAUUUAAGGGUUUAAAACAUGUUAGAUUUACCCACAAGAUUUUCCAUCCCUCUCUCUCUUCUAGAGGUUAUCUAGAGUCAAAACGUUUGGCUGAAUAUUUCUUACUGAAAAUAAAUACAAUUUGCACCAUUUAAUAGAUUAAUAAAAGUCAUUGAACUGAAAGGCAAAAACUGUCCCAAUCUCCAUACAUGGUUAUAUACGUAACUGUAUAUACAUUGGAAAUUUGGUUAAAUCCGCAUGUCUUGGAAGGACUUCCUCUUCCAUCGUUUGCAAUGUUUUUAGUGAAACUGUAAUCUUGAUCACAUUAAACUAUAUCACGACCCUACAGUGCUGAUUUGGUAUUACAGCUGUCUUUUCAAGAGCUUCAAAAUUUGCAAAGGCAUGACCAAAGACCACAUAAUAAAAAUCUGCUUGGCCUAGAGUGAUAUAAUCAUUACAUAACAUAAUCAUUAAAACACUCAUUGAGUAAAAUAAUUAAUAAAGUUUGGUGUUCUUUUCAUCUUUCGCUUUUAUUUUGAGCUUUGUUGCCAUUUAUGUUGGGUUACUGUGUUUUUUUUUUUUUGUUUGUUUUUUUUGGAAGGGGGUGGUGAAUCUCUGACACUUUAAAUAAAAGUGAUUGUGGUCAAAGCACUGGUGUCAUAGCAACAGUUUUUACGCAAUAUGGUUUUACCUUGUUGCAGUGAUUCCACUGUGCUUUAUGGGCUUGAAUGUCUACUUUUGUUUGUGUUCAGGCUUUGCAGAACUUCCCUAAACCUUUUGGUCAUAGGAUUUUAUCAUCACCUUUUUUUUUUUAAUAGUCAACUGAUGCAUGUAGAUCCCCAAGUAAAAAACACCAACCAUUUGUAUGACUACCUGAGACAGGACAACUACAUAUAUAAAAAAUAAGGCCUAUUUUUGUACAAUAUAAAGUGCAUUGUCAUUUACAAGUAAUUUAAAGAUUAUUUUGCUCUGUUUAUCUUCUUUUAUUUAAUUGAUGUCAAUAUGCGAAUUAUAGAUUAUACAAAAAAUAAAGAUCUAUGCAAA